AUUAUCCCUGAACGAUCGUUACUCGGCGUAAUUUUCCUGGAAGUUGUUGCAAGAGUGAAAAAUCGAAAAAAGCGCAGAGUGGGGAGACGACGGGAGGUCGCGCUCGCGGCAAUAGAGAGCUAGCCUAGCCACUGGCGGCCGACAGGCGCCUCGUAUCGCGCGCAGUGCAAGAGUUGCGCGCGCGUUAUAUACUUAUACUUAUUUGUGCCAGUCAUCGGCGUGUGUUCACAGCUCAGGUCGUCGCCGCCGCCUGCAGCCUCGCAGCUGUAUGACAAUUUUCGUGUGCGUGUGUGUGUGUGUGCCUCAUUAUUUGCCGCCACCGGGGCGUAGAUAUACAAUAGUAGACUCGGUCUAGUGCAGGCAUAUUAUAUAUGCGGUGGCAGGCCGCUUUUUGCCUUUGGUAAACACUAUAGUCGCUCUCUCUCUCUCUCUCUCCCUCUUGUCCGUGUGUACACACACUGUAUAGGCAUCUGUAUUCGCUGUGACGGCGGCGAAACACGCGAGCGAGAGUUUAAUGGUAUUUGAGGCAGCUGCGAGCGUGCAUGCGGCACAGUCACUGUCUGCGCGCUGAUUCGAUCGGAUCGGAUCGUCUCGUCUCAUCGUCGUGACCCGGGUCAGCAAGCAGCGGGAAAAGCAUCUUUCUCGUCGGCGUAUAACCAACGAUAGAGACACUUGACGCAACAACGGCGUGAUCUUGCACGUGAGCCGUCGGAAGGUUAUAGGACGAGUGACAGCAAGCGAUAAUGGGUCUGCUUUCGGAGGGAAGUCCACUGAACUGGGAGGAGACAAGAAAGCUCGCCGAUCAUGUGAGGAAACACGGAGCCAUACAGUUUAUUAACCUGUACAAGAGGCUCCGGGACAAGCAGGGCGACGUACUCAAAUGGGGAGACGAGGUUGAAUAUAUAUUGGUGAAGUUUAAUGAUGCAGAGAAAACUGCAAAAGUGUCACUAAGAGCAGAAAAAUAUUUAGCCGAAUUGCAAGAAAAAGAGCACAAUGAUCCUGACAAUGUUAAAUCACUUUGGCGUCCUGAAUAUGGAGCUUACAUGAUUGAAGGAACUCCAGGCAAACCCUAUGGAGGAUUACUGGCACAUUUUAAUGUAGUUGAAGCCAAUAUGCAGUAUAGAAGACAAGAAGCCUCCAAGUUAUUGGAGCCUGGAGAAGCUCUAAUGUCAUUAACCAAUUUUCCAAGAUUAGGAGCACCAGACUUUACUGAUCCCCCAGCUGUUCCUACUCCACAAUCUGGAGCAUCAAGAAGCUUAUUCUUUCCAGAUGAGGCUAUUUUUUCUGGCCAUCCAAGGUUCAAAACAUUAACAAGAAAUAUUAGAAGCAGAAGAGGAGAAAAAGUAGCUAUUAAUCUACCAAUAUACAAAGAUAAAAAUGUGAAGUUGCCAUUUAAAGAAAAUUUGGCUGAAUUGGGAGAUGAUGGCUCCAGUGAAAAAGCAGCCAAGGAAAAUCACGUGUACAUGGACGCUAUGGGAUUUGGAAUGGGCUGUUGUUGCUUACAACUAACGUUUCAAGCAUGUAAUAUUGAAGAAGCAAGAACUUUGUAUGACCAGCUAACUCCACUUUGUCCAAUAAUGCUGGCUCUUACUGCUGCCAGUCCAUUUUACCGAGGCUAUGUGACGGACGUCGACUGUCGCUGGAAUGUCAUCUCGUGUUCCGUUGACUGUAGAACUGAGGAGGAGCGGGGAUUAAAGCCGUUGAAAGAAAAUAAAUUCAAGAUCAGCAAAUCCAGAUAUGACUCUAUUGAUUCCUAUCUAAGCGAGCAAGGCGAUAGGUACAACGACGUGCCUUUGACGUACGACAAAGAUAUUUAUAAACAACUCUUGGACAAUGGAAUUGACAAGCUACUUGCACAACAUAUUGCCCAUCUAUUCAUCAGAGAUACAGUUUCUUUAUUUUCGGAAAAGGUUCAUCAAAACGAUCUUGAAGAUACUGAUCACUUUGAGAAUAUUCAAUCUACAAAUUGGCAAACAAUGAGAUUCAAACCACCACCAUCCAAUUCAUCUAUUGGAUGGAGAGUUGAAUUCAGACCUUGUGAAGUACAAAUAACUGACUUUGAGAAUGCAGCCAUUGUCUGUUUUGUGGUUUUGUUAACGCGAGUUAUCUUAAGUUAUAAACUUAAUCUUUUAAUACCAAUUAGCAAAGUAGACGAAAAUAUGGCCAGAGCACAAAAGAGAGAUGCUGUAAAAACAGAGAAAUUUUGGUUUAGGCGCGAUAUUACGUGUAAUACGCAACAAGGAGAUAUUAAAGAUGAAUAUACUGAAUACACGAUAGACGAAAUCGUUAACGGAAAGGAAGGCACAUUUCCCGGAUUAAUUCCGUUGGUUAACUCUUAUCUUUCAAGUAUGGAUGCAGAUGCUGAUACUCACUGUACUAUACAAAGAUAUAUUAAACUCAUUCAGAGACGUGCGUCCGGCGAGCUUCUAACCACCGCUAAAUGGUUAAGACAGGAAGUUCUCACACAUCCUGAAUACAAACAAGACUCGAGAAUAUCACAACGAAUAAAUUAUGACUUGUUAAAAAAAAUUCACGAUAUUGAAGCAAACAAGGUACCGUGUCCCGAGUUGCUUGGACCCUGUAUAAUUUCCAAAACUUCAGAAACUGUUCCAGCUGCCAUGGCAAAGGCUGAAAAUUGUCCCAUCCCAGAUUGAAUAAUGUAAUUAUUAAUGCGUAAGCCGAAAAAUGUAUUAUUAAUAUUAUAUUUUUAAAUAAUUUUAUUGUAUACAUCUUAUAAUUGUGAUAUACAAAAAUACUGACCUAAUAUUCUUAUUGAAGUGUACUUUGUGCUUCAUGGAGUGAGAAAUUUUUAUAAAUGUAGUAAAAACAUUGGCAUAUAAAAGCUGCCUGGAAAUAUUGUUGAAAUAUUCAAUCUAUUAAAUAAAUAAGUUUGUUGGCAUCCUUUUUUAAUGAUUUACAAAAAUAAAAGAAAAAAAA